AUUCCAAAGCUCCGGCCGGCCAUUUCCCGAUAUGAACAAAGUAAGGAUGACAAAUCAAAACGCAGAUGAUUUUCUUUUUAAGAUCUGAAUUUUCUUUCACGUGAAUGCCAUAAGUUUUUUGCUUCCUCGUUUAUCCCAUGGCGAUGAUGCUCCUCUCCUUGUUGCUUUUUCUUUUGAUCUCUCUUUUCGUUUCUUUCGGUUCUGCCGAGAUCCGUUUAACGGAGAUCCGAUCCGAUUUCCGAUCCAUUAUCCCCUUUGACGAGUUCGGGUUCACUCACACCGGCGUCCUCAAGCUCAGCGCCCACCAGAUCCAUCUCUUGAACAGGAAUUCAGUCCUCGACUUGGCCAAACUCGGGUUCUUCCUCACCACGCGUGACGCGUGGAUACACGUGAUUCAACAACUCGCCGACGGCGAAAUCAGGUGCGCUCUAGAAUCCGAUCUCGUGAAGCUCGUCUAUGACUUCAGGUCUCUCGAAGGGAACUCGAAUUUCUACACCUUAUUUCGGGUAAAAAAUGCCGAUCGGUACACGUUACUCUUUGCUAACUGUCUCGAUCAAGUCAGUGUAUCGAUGACCGUCCAAUCGAAGAUGUUAAAUCUCGACGGAAAGAAUGACAGUCCGGAUUAUCUCUCCGCCGGCGAUUCAAUGCUGCCGAUCGUUUAUUCCCUGUCGUCCCUCGUUUACUUCACCCUCGCAGGGAUUUGGAUUCACAUCAUUUACAGAAGACGAUUCACCGUUUCUCGAAUCCAUUUCUUCAUGCUGGCCAUGGUUAUUUUAAAAUCUCUCAAUCUCAUUUUCCAAUCAGCGAAUAAAUCUCACAUCGAAGUAACCGGAAUGGCCGCUGAUCUUUGGAAUAUUCCGAUUCAAACACUCAGUUUCCUGAAAGGGAUCAUGUUUUUCACCUUGCUCGCUUCGAUCGGCACCGGUUGGUCGCACCUAAAACCUUUCUUGCAACACAAGGUAAACAGGGUUUUAAUGAUUGUGAUUCCACUCCAGGUUGUCGCCAAUAUCGUCCAAGUUUUAGCCGAUGAGGCCCCACCUUUCAGCCCAUAUAAGGUCGCAUGGAACACGACGAUCAUGCUCGUCGAUGUCGUUUGCUAUUGUACCGUGUUUUUACCGAUCGUUUGGUGGAUCAAGAACCUGCGCGAGGCGGCUCAGACGGAUAAUAAAGCUGCAGCGUACUUGAUGAAGUUGACACAGUUAAGGCAGUAUUACAUUGUGGUGAUCUGCUAUGUUUACUUAACUCGUGUUGCGGUCAUUGCUAUGUCGACUUUUACUUCGUUUGAGUACUUAUGGACCGGUGCGGUGGUCCGAGAGUUGGCCACCGUCGCAUUCUAUGUGUUUACUGCAUAUAAAUUCAUGCCGGAGUCGCAGAACCCGUAUUACGUGAUCGAUGAUGAAGAAAAAGAUGUUGGUGCAGAGCAGUUGGAGGUUGAAGAUGGUGAGGAAACAAAUGGGGAAUGCUUGCAAUAAUGGAUAACUAAUCAAACUUGUGAUAUCGAGGCGAAACCCAGAUCCUUAAAUAAAUCGUUGUUAAGAAAGUUAUAAGAUAAAGUAAUUUAAUAAACUUUAUUGUAUCUUUAUGAGCUUGAUAG